UGUUGUGAGGGGCAGAGUUGUCUGGAACUGGUGGCCAAACGGGAGAAACGAGUUUUUCAGGUCUUUAUGACCAUCUGUAAACCACACCGCGUUUCUUACUAAAGGACGUCAAAUAUCGGACAGCUGUUUGGACUAAUCAUAAUUGCUCUUGUGCGUCACAUCCGCUUUUUCUGGCGCUGUGGACUGGAUUUUGGCUGCAGCCUCCUCUGGAAACCUCAAUAAUGGGCAGCGUUUUAGCCGCCAGCGCCGCCCCGGCGCCGCCGUUGCUGCCAGGCGUUGUGUUGCCUCCGCUCCCUCCUCCUCCCUCGGCCGGAUCCGGAUCCGGAUCCGGAUCCGGAUCCGGACCGCAGCGGGAGGCGAAGAACGUUCUGCCCAACCCCGGAGCCUUUGAGCAGUGUCAUCAAACAUGUAAAGAGGUUUUCCCGACGCAGGUGAACGGAGUCCGACUCGUCCUGAACAAGGCGCUGAGCAAACACCUCCAGGUGAAUCAUUCCCUGCAGCUCAGCUCCACAGAAAACUCCAGCUACAGGUUCGGAACCACGUUCAUCGGAUCCGGUCGGGCCGGUCCUGCUGAGUUGUACCCGGUCCUGGUGGGCGACGUGGACAGCAGCGGCAGCCUGAACGCCCAGGUCAUCCAUCAGGUCACCGACAGGAUCCGGUCCAAAGUGGUCUUCCAGACCCACCAGCAGACGUUCGUGACCUGGACGGCCGACGCCGAGUUCAGGGGCGAGGAUUUCACGGUGGCGGUCGCCUUCGCCAACCCAGACGUCCUCAACGAUUCUGGGACGGUCAUCACACACUACCUGCAGUCCGUAACUCCGGCUCUGGCGAUGGGAGGACAGCUGGUGUAUCAGCGUCGCCCCGGAGACGAGGCGGCCUUUCUGUCGCUAGUGGGCAGGUACACAGGAAGUAACUUCAUCGGCGCGCUGACCCUCAGCCGGGCCAGCGUUCAAGCGUCGUACUACCACAGAGCCGGCGACCAGCUCGGCGUGGUGCUGGAGACCGGCGCGUUUUGGGAGGACAGCACCGUGACCUUCGGCUACCAGCUGAAUGUUCCCAAAGCUAACCUGCAGUUCAAAGGUGUGAUCAACAGCAACUGGGUCGUCGGAGCGACGCUGGAGAAGAAGCUCCUCCCCCUUCCUCUCUCCCUGAUGCUCUGCUCCUUCCUGAACCACCAGAAGAACAAAUUCCUCUGCGGCUUCGGCAUCAUGAUCGGCUAGCGCCUCCUCUGGCGCCCCCUGCCCCUCUGCCUGAUUACUGCAUCCAGCUGUUGGUGUUCAGGAUAAAAUUCAGCUUUAAGCAGAACGUCAAGUUCAGCAGAGACUUCCUGUUCUGGGUCUUAUUCCUGGUUUUUUGGUUGUUUUUAAUGGAAACCUUCUUCUAUUAUUAAUUAAAUAUAAAUCAUCUGGUUCACCCUCAAAGCCAUUUGGAAAGUUACACUGUAAAAAAUUAGCAGCAAUAUUUUGGGUUAUUUAGUUAUAAUAGGAAAAACUCUGUGUUCAUUUUCCAGAGUCAGAUUUUCUCCAUAUUUAUAAAUUAGAAAUGUUACAGUUUCAAACUAAAUAUGUAGUUAAGAAGCUAAAUAUCUGAUUUGUAAACAGAAUAUUUAGUUUCAGAUUAUUCAGCUUCAAAUUAUUUAUUUUCCAAAUUAAAUAUUUAGCUUGGACCUAAAUAUUUAGUUCACAAAGUAAACUAAAUAGCUUAGUAGCAACUAUUUCAGCUAACAUGCUAACUAGGUAUUUAGCUUGCUAGCCAAAUAUUUAUUUGCCACACUAAAUAUUUAGUUUGUGAACUACAUUUUAAGCAUGAACCUAAAUAUAUAGCUUGCUAGCUAAACCUGAUUUAGCUAGUUUAGUUUGCAGGCUAAUGCUUCCGCUAACCCGUCUUUUAAACCGGUGUUGAUAAAUGACCGGCUGAAUAAACCAAAACUUUGCUCUUAAUUUUUUACUGUGUGACUUUACUGAGCUGAUUGUUCUCCGUCCUGAUCGGUUCUGUUGCCUUUUUAUAGCUGGUUCUGUUGAAACCGGAACAGAAGAGACAGAAAUACUUUAAAAUAAAAUGUCUUAUAAAC